GCAGUUAUUUAGAGCUUCUCAGUCACUUGCGUGCCCAGAUUCCCGUGACCGGCGCUACUAAAACGCGUUAAUAUACAUUCCAUUUUUGGAUUCGUGUGUUAAAGAAUUUGCCGAAAAAAGAGGAACCGCCGUUCACCGCAAACACAGUCGUGUGUGUGUGUGUGUGUGUGGGUCCCAGCAGAAGCUGGCUGGGCUGGUGUGCCACGAAGCCGCUUAGUUUACCGGCCGUAUAAAUAAGCGAGAAACAGACGUAAAAGCGAGUUUACGCAGCAGCACAAAAGAGAAGGAGCGCAAUGACGACGACGACGACGCCGACUACGAUGCUAUCAUAAUGGGUUUUUGGUUGGGCUAGCCAGGCCCGGUUUUUUUCCUUUCACGCUCCAUAGUGUUGGCAUUCAUGCAUACCCACUGUGUGUAUGUGUGCAUCUGUGUGUGUGUGAGUGUGUGUUGUAUGGUGUGGCAUCUGGUUUUUGGAAAGGAAAUUCAUAAUGAGGCACUGGCAGUGACUGCGCGUCCAGGUGAAACGCUCACGCUGGUUUCCUUCUUCGCGUACAUGUGUUUCUGUGUAUGUGUAUAUGUGUGUGUGGGUAGGUCUAGUGUGGCGAUCGGGAAAGCAAAGAAGGAAGUUUGCCGGGAUAAAAAAAAGCUUUAGUGCAAUCCCCUAACCCGAGGUGUAUGUGUGUGUGUGUGGUGAAUGUCACAAGAAAAAUCAAUUAUGCUGCAGGAAAAUAGGUAAAAGCGAAACGCCGGGCUUGUGGUGGUAAACAACGUGCGAGCAAACCCAUCAACCAUCAGCGAUCCGCGAAAGCUUCCGUCGUCCAACAUCGAGGAAGAGGGAAAACGAAUAAAACAAAAACCAACCACAACGCCGGGCGUGUAGGUGUGCCCCCCACCGUUUGGCCCAAUGCAUGGAACGGAAACGGAAAGUUAUGUGUAUUUGUUGCUACACGCGCGCACUGGUGGAAUUGCACGGUUCGGUGCAAACAAACACACACACACGCGCACAUGCUGAGUGCAAUGCAUCGCUGCUGUCCAUGGUGACCGCGAUCCGCGCGCGAUUCAGUGUGUGUUUCUGCGCCCUCAAGUCCGUGGCGAAGUUAUGAAUCGCCUGCUACGCACACCUGCUACACCUGGAUCGUGGAUUUAAGAUUGCAAAGCAGCUUGAGCGAACGACCAGAUCAUCCUACGGCGAUAGAACGAUGACGAUGCACUGCAGCUAAGAGUCAACUGGAACUACGGUGUUAUGUCUUUGAAUGUCCCUGCCCCGUCCAAACCAUCUUUCACACAGCAGCGAAGGAGGGGAGCGCGGAACCGUUCAUCAUUCUCGUGACAAAACGAGACAAUACCCAACAGUGAAUCUCAACACCCGCUCAACAUCAGCUAAUCUCACCAACUUACCCCUUACAAUCCACCACCCAGUGCAUUUAGUGUGUUGCACGUUGUUGUGUUUCACUGCGCUGCGUGAGCGCGACUUAUAGAUACCCAAGAUGCCAGCAACAGCAGCCACCAUCUCAGUGAUGGCCGUCACCGCCAUUGCCGUUACAUUCCUUGCCGUAAUGGUUGGCCGGACCGAUGCGACUACAACUUCGCCGGUGCGAGUAAACAAAUGCUGCGAGAAGUUUGAGGUCGUGUACGACGGAAAGUGUACGGUCGCUUCCACCGUAAAUGCUACCGUAUGGAAGCCGGAGUUCAUUGGUCGAAAAGGCGAACGGAACGUGCAGGUCGACAACUAUCGUUUCAUCAUUGGCCUGCCGGACUGUGGCACGAAACAAAAGUUCAAUAUCUACGAAUAUCACGACAGCUACGACAAAUUGAUUCUCUUUCCGGACGGUCAGCUACGGCAUCUGAUCCUGCGCCAUCACAGUUCGAUGCAGGGCAGCGUCGGAAGCUAUCUCGACGAGGAUUACAUCGAUGCCGGAGACAGUAAUGUGCCGCUGCUACAGUACGACUACGAGCAGGGGCUGUACUGUAUGGAUCGCGCAAUCGGAAUCGCCGGCGAGGCCGGCGGCGAACUGAUGGAGGGCUUGAUAGCGAAGGUAUGCUCACCGAAGGAGGAAACACAUUGGACCGACAGUGAUGUGAUGCUGCGGAAGAUUAUCAACCCGAUCUGCCACGGGAUCGCAAUGAUCAUACUGCUCGUCGUGGCGAUCAUCUACUUCGUGCUGCCGACGCUGCGCGAUCUCGUCGGCAAUAUGGUGACAACGAUCACGAUGUGCUUGAUCGUGAGCCAGGCGGCCGAUCUGGUGCGCAUCUUCACCGAGUUCAGCAAUCACGUGAGUUUCCUGAUUGCUGACCUGUUCUUCUACGUCAGCCUGCUUGGCGCCUUCUUUUGGCUGAAUGCAAUGGGCUACUACAUCUGGAAGAUGUUUCGCACGCGCAACGUUUUUCUGCGGGUCAGCGACGGCCGGAAGUACUGCUGGUACUCGGGAUACGCCUGGGGCUGUACCGGUACGAUGGCGGCCAUUGCCGUGUUUGCUCACUACUUUCUCGACCUGCCCGGAAGCAAUCGCAGUGUGGCUGGUGCGGACACCCACCAAAGCGCGAGGGAAAGCUUUUUCGAGGGACAGGACAACAUCAGCUGGCUGGGCAUUGCCGUGUUCUUUACCCCGAUCGCGUUCAUCAUCAUCGUGAACAUAUUCUUCUUCGUCACAACGCUGCGCUUCAUCAAUCGGAUGCACACGUACGGACGGAUUCAUCAUAAGCUACGGUGCAGCUUCGUGAUGUUCACGCUCAUUUUUGCCACGAUGAGCGUCUCCUGGUUGUUUCUCAUACUUUCCUGGCUGCACUUUGACGGGCUGCUGUACAUGCACAUAAUCGCGAAUGCGUUACAGGCGCCCUGCAUCCUCUACAUUUGCGUGCUGCGUCAAAAGCAUGUCACAUUCCUAGUGAAAUCGUGCUUCCGCGACCAAGCACCUCAGACGACCGAGUGGGGCGACGAGAUGACAUACAUGAACGGUGGUGAUUACUAGCGUGGUGUGUGUCUUGGGAUGCAUGAAAAAUGUAAAUGCGUACAUCGAUACUAAGCGACCUUCCCAUGAGCCGUGGUGUAACAGUUCGAUUUCAAUCACUCACUCCAUCAAUCGUUGAUGUAAGGAUAAUUCUCAGUAAAAUUGGAGUAGAAUCCCCGUUUUGAUAUUUCAUAUGCACAAAAAAGACUACGAGUCUCAGUAAGGACAGCAAGAGGUGGACAAGUGGUGUAAUAAGUCCAUUACGACCGCACCAUUUGCACCGACGGAACCGUCCACUGGCAAAUUUUGAUUUGGUACUAGUAGUGUAAAGUUGUAGCGAGGUAUAUUAUGUUUUUUUACUAUGCCAGACGAACAAGAAACAUGCAUCUCAGGCCGAUUACACAUGCUUCCAGGCUUCCAAAUUGCAGUAUCAUAGUCAUAGUUUUUACACGCAUAUGUUGCAACCGCUACCUAGCUUAGUCAUAAAGUGUAACAAGAUUAGAACAACAACGUCUCCUUGUGAAUCGUAGACCGCAAGCAUAUUUUGCUAGUAUGUAUAAUUUGGUCAAUUACUCUUUUACUCUCUCUUAGCUAUCUGUUUAGCAAUUAGCGUAACAAUAAGUAAGAUAAAAAAGUAGAGCAUAUUUGUAUAAAGAGUAGACAUAUCGUAAGAUAGUUUGAUAAACAUAUUGGUGCAGUUGUACUUCUCGACACAACCAAACAGUGGCUUACCGCUAUUUUGGCGUAAAAAAUACUUCUAAGCUUACACAACAAUAAAUUACGCAAAAUGAUCCAAUGCGUUUGUUUAGAAAAUACAACGUAUUCGAAAAUAAACGCAUUGUUGCAUAACAAAGGAAA